AUGUCGUCAACAUCGAGAUGGGCAGCCGCCGACCCCGAGGAAGAGGCAGCCCUUGCCCAACGCAAACUCGAAAAGGAAGCCAAGAAACGCGCAAAAGCCGAGAGACAGCGACUGGAGGAACAACAACAGAAACAAGCAGCAGCAGCAGCAGCAAUUGCGAUAGCUCCCAAUGGCGCAUCAGAAGACGCACGACCGACGAAACGACGACGUCUAUCCACCGACAGCGCUCCGACAGAAAAAGCAGAAACAAUCGAAAGGAAACUGCUACGCUUCCCGAGCACGGAAUGGUCGCCUUGUCGACACGUCGACAACUACGAACGUCUGAACCACAUCGAAGAAGGCUCCUACGGCCUGGUAUCGCGCGCUAAGGAUUUGACUACUGGCGAAAUCGUUGCACUCAAGAAAUUAAAAAUUGACAAUGCGCCCGACGGGUUUCCCGUUACGGGACUGCGAGAAAUACAGACCUUGCAGCGAGCACGACAUAUCAACGUCGUCAAUCUACGCGAGAUCGUCAUGGGAAACAGUAUGAACGAUGUCUACCUAGUCAUGGAUUUUCUCGAACACGAUCUCAAAACCCUUCUUGACGACAUGCAAGAACCCUUUUUACCGUCCGAAACCAAAACAAUUCUGCAACAAAUCCUUUCCGCCACCGAAUUCCUGCAUGCAAACUGGAUCUUGCAUCGCGACCUCAAAACCUCAAAUUUACUGCUAAACAACCGCGGCGAAGUCAAACUCGCCGAUUUCGGGAUGGCGAGGUACUUUGGAGACCCGAAACCGACACAUUUGACGCAAUUAGUGGUUACGUUGUGGUAUAGGGCGCCGGAGUUGUUGCUAGGUGCAGAGAGGUAUGGAGCAGAAAUUGAUAUGUGGAGUGUUGGAUGCAUAUUUGGGGAGUUGCUGAAGAAGGAGCCGCUGUUUCAGGGGAGGAAUGAGGUUGAUCAGUUAUCCAAGAUAUUCGCAAUCACCGGACCACCAACGCAACAAAUCUGGCCUAGUUUUCGGUCCCUACCAAACGCCAAAUCCCUGCGUCUCCCUCCUUCAUCCUCCUCAUCAACAUCAUCCUCCGGAAAAGUCACAGUCCCUCUUCUCCCCCGCUCCCAAUUCUCAUACCUCUCAAACGCAGGCCUGAGUCUGCUCUCUUCUCUUCUAGCACUAAACCCAUCUUCUCGUCCCACAGCAGCAGAGUGUCUUCGACACGCUUAUUUCCGAGAAGACCCAAGACCAAAGGCCAAAGAAAUGUUCCCCACGUUCCCGUCAAAGGCGGGUCAGGAAAGAAGACGGAAAAGGGCGACGCCGGAGGCACCGAGGUAUGGUGACGAGGCGCCCAAGUUGGAUUUUGCGGACGUUUUUGGUGGCGCGACUUCUACUGAAGGGAAGGAGGCUGGGGCUGGGUUCACGCUUAGGUUGGGAUGA